AUGGAGAAGCAAUCUUUAAAAAGGAGUGCAGAAGACCUCGAAGAACGGAAUAAUAACAAAUUUAGCCAAUACGAAAGAGCAAAAAAAGUUGUUCAAGAGUCCGAAGUUGGAAUCACUCAGUAUAUUAAUGAAACCAAUCGUCAAGAUGGAGGUUUCUUCGGCACUAUUAAGCAGAGAUAUUCUGAUUUCCUCGUAAAUGAGAUAGAUUUGGAUGGAAAUGUAGUGCACUUACGUGACGAAGGUGUCGAUCUUGGCAAAACUAAGAAGGAAAGAAAGAUUGAAAGAAGACAAAGAGAAAGAGAAGAAUUACAAAACAAGACUCCUGAAGAAAUCGAAGCCAUUAAAGACGUUAAGAGAUCUGAGGCAGUGAAUGCACCUAAAUAUGAACUAACUCCUGACAACAGAGAAAAGCUAUUGAAAUUCAUCACAGAAGUCGAGCUCGCACAGAUUGAAGACCUAUUCACCACUGGAAAUAACAUGGAAACAAAAACGUCUCUUGAUGACAAACAAAUGAGAGGUAGUUUGCACAAAUUGUUGAGAGAGGCAUUUGGUGGAAAGCUUGAGUCGGUUACGUCUCCGGAAAACACAUUCAGAAUUGCUCUUGCCAGCAAUUCCGAUAGAUCUAGAAGGACAAACACACAAGAAAAUAUCAACCAUGUUGACGAGAACGGUAUUAUAAACUAUGGUUUGGGGCCAUUCAAAAAUUUCUUGCAUUUUACUGUCUACAAAGAAAAUAGAGAGACAAUGGAAGUUGCUUCAACAAUUUCGAAGUUUUUACGUAUACCUUCAAAGAACGUGAGAUAUGCUGGUACGAAAGACAGAAGAGCUGUGACAUGUCAGAGGUUUUGUAUUCACAAAGGUAAAGUUGCCAGAGUUAGUUCUUUGAACAAAGGACUUAAAAAUGCAAUACUAGGCGGGUUUGCAUAUGAAGAUCGUUCUUUAGCUUUGGGUGACCUAAGAGGAAAUGAGUUUGUGAUUACUAUCAGGGACGUCAGGCCAUUUGAUGAAAAUGCAAACAUCGAAAACACCAUAGCUGAUUGCUUUUCUUCAUUGAAGGAAAAGGGGUUUCUUAAUUACUACGGCAUGCAAAGAUUUGGAACUUUUUCAAUAUCUACCCAUGAACUAGGAGUAUUGAUAUUGAAACAAGAUUGGGAGCGAGCUGUCGAAUUGAUUUUAUCAGAGCAGGAAAUUGUCGCACCAGAUUCUAUUGAAGCAAGGAGAAUCUGGGCAGAAACAUCAAAUCCUAAAUUGGCAUUGUCAAAGUUACCUCGUAGAUUUACUGCUGAAUAUGAAAUUUUGACAACUUUGAACAAAGAACCUCUUGGCGAAGAUGAAAAAUACAGUAGUCAAUCCUACUUCAAAAGUAUUAUGUCCAUUCCGAGAAAUUUGAGAAUAAUGUAUGCCCAUGCUUAUCAGUCGUAUAUAUGGAACUUGGUUGCUUCGAAAAGAUUUGAAUUAUUUGGUUUGAAAGUCCAAGAAGGUGAUCUUGUGCUAGUUGAGGGAAGGAAACAAGAAAACGAGAUUGACGAUGACUUCGAAGAAGAUGUUCUGGAGAGUAAGUUCGUAAGAGCUCGCCCUCUCUCUAAGGAGGAGGUUGAGAGUGGAAAGUUCACCAUUUAUGAUGUGGUAUUACCCACCCCAGGAUUCGAUAUAAUCUAUCCUACUAAUCCAUUGAUCAAACAAGUAUAUGUCGAUUCUAUGGCUAAAGAUGGGUUGGAUCCUAACGAAAUGGGUAGAAGAGUUAGGGAGUUCUCCCUUGCAGGCUCGUAUAGAAAUUUGAUUGGCAAGCCAGGAAAUAUUUCUUAUCAAAUUGUCAAAUAUAAGUCCGAUGAUGAGCCCCUAGUGAGAACUGAUUUAGAGCUACUUAGAUUACGAAAAGAUAACAACGAGGAAGUUUCUCAAAUUAUCAACAGCACCGAUAGUGAUGCAAACAAGACAGCUGUUGUCUUAAAGAUGGAGUUGCCAGUGAGCUCGUAUGCCACAAUGGCUUUGAGAGAAUUUAUGAAGGCAGAUACAGCUAGAAUGAGCGAUAAUCUUAACGUAAGAUCAUCAUGA